AUGGAGGACCCCGAUAUACGACAACAGAAGCUGGACAAUCAGAGAACCCUGUUGAUGAAGAAGCAGCAAAAGAAGCGGGCAGAUUCUCAAAUGGUGGUAGCCAAUCGGGAUGCUCGCCAAAAGAAAGGAAAACAUAAAACUGUCAAAUCAGAUGAGACGCCUCUUCUGAUCUGCCAAUCCCUGAGCAACACCUCCUUGAGUGAUCAAGUUGAAUACGCUCAUGAUAACCCGCUGGAUGAGAUCACGCUGGGUGAAUGUGACAUGACAGCAGCCUUUACGUUAGAUGAGAUGCCUGCAGAGAAGCCUGUUAUUCCAAAAACAAUGAACAUGGAGAUUGACAAAGAGCCUGAAGUGAAAUGUGAAGUGGAGAAUGAAGCCCAGGUGGAGGGAGAAAAAACAAAGAAGAAAGAGAAAAAAGAACAAGUCAAACCAAGGUGCCAAAUAAGCGAUGAGCACAGAGACGAGGAAAUCCAGGAGAAGGAGAAAAAAGAAAGAAAGACAACCAAAGGAGAGAAAACUACGCCAAGUCUAGCUUCCCUUAACUCCAACUACAGGGAGAAUUCAUCCUCAAGCAGUGACUCGAUUGAAAGAUCAAUAUCUCCAAUAUCAGUGGAGGAUCUUGAGAAGUUUGCGUUGCGCCCUGCCCCCAAAAACAUGACGAUCCAGUGUCGGGUCACCAGGGACAGGAGCGGCGUGGAGAAGGGCAUUUACCCAACUUACUACCUCCACAUGGAGAAGGAGGAUGGCAAAAGGGUGUUUCUAAUGGCGGGCAGAAAAAGAAAGAAGUGCAAAACAUCAAACUAUCUCAUCUCCACUGACCUGACAAACAUGUCCAGGGAUACCACCUGCUACAUAGGAAAACUAAGGUCCAAUGUCCUGGGUACAAAGUUCACAGUUUAUGGUGGAGAAAACCCUGAGAAGAAGCCUUUUGUCAAAGAGUGUGAAUCAGUAAGGCAAGAGCUGGCAGCCAUUUGCUAUGAGACAAAUGUUCUGGGAUUUAAAGGUCCCAGGAAAAUGACAGUGAUCAUCCCUGGCAUGCUGGAAAACGGUGAAAGAGUGUCCAUUCGUCCCAAAAAUGAUCUUGAGACCCUGCUGGUCUGCCAUGCCAACAGCAACACUGACAAACUGAUCACCCUGAUGAACAAAUCCCCGAGCUGGAAUGAACAGACUCAGUCCUAUGUGCUUAAUUUCCAUGGGCGUGUCACCCAGGCCUCUGUCAAAAACUUCCAGAUCAUCCACCCUGACAACGAUGACUACAUAGUGAUGCAGUUUGGACGUGUUGCGGAGAACGUCUUCUCCAUGGAUUACAGUUUCCCCUUGUGUGCUCUUCAAGCCUUUGCUAUCACUUUGUCUUCCUUUGAUGGCAAACUGGCCUGUGAGUGA